CACUCCACUCUAUAUAUAUAUUAUAAAUCCAUUCAACCCAAAUCGUCAAAAAAUAAAAAUAAAAGAAGAACCUCCAAACAUGGAAUCAUCUCCAACACUACUACUGUUACUACUUCUUACCACACUCUUGUCUCUUCAAACGUUCGUCGUUGUUUCUCAUACUCUGUCUAAUUCGUCUUCUUCAAGCAUCUGCAAAACGACGCCGGAUCCUACAUUCUGCAAAUCGAUUCUCCCCAACGCUACGCAUGGCGACGUUCACGUCUACGGUCGGUUCUCUCUCCGCAAAUCCCUAUCGCAAUCGCGGAAAUUCAUUCGGGUCAUCGACAAGUACCUCAGACGCAACGCCCACCUCUCGCAAACUGCCGUCGGCGCCCUCCAAGACUGCCGUUUCCUCGCCGGUCUUACCAUCGAUUAUCUCUUGACGUCGUUUGAGGCCGUUAACUCCACCAGCGAAACGCUAACGCUCCCCAAAGCUGAUGACGUCCAAACGCUCCUUUCUGCGGCGUUGACCAACGAGCAGACCUGUCUCGACGGCCUCACCUCCGCUUCCGCCACGUGGACCGUACGGAACGGCGUCGUUUUGCCUCUGGUCGACGACACGAAGCUCUACAGUGUAUCCCUCGCUCUCUUCACCAGAGGGUGGGUCCCGAAGAAGAAGAAACGGGUCGGGUUCUCAUGGAUCCACACGAACGAAGCCUCCCACAAGCCCUUCCGGGUCUUCCGUAACGGAGCCCUUCCGUUAAAGAUGACGGAGCGGACACGCGCCGUCUACGAGUCCGUCAGCAGGAGGAAGCUCGCCGGAGAAGACAACAAUGGCACGGUGAUGGUGAGCGAUAUCGUCACCGUUUCGCAAGACGGAUCCGGAAACUUCUCCACCAUCUCCGACGCCGUCGCGGCGGCUCCGAACAACACCGACGGAAGAAACGGCUACUUCUUGAUCUACGUAACGGCGGGGAUUUACGAAGAGUACGUUUCCGUUGCGAAGAACAAACGGUUCUUGAUGAUGGUCGGUGACGGCAUCAAUCGGACGGUGAUCACCGGAAACCGCAGCGUCGUCGACGGCUGGACCACGUUUAAUUCCGCUACUUUUGCGGUGGUGGCGCCAAAUUUUGUGGCGGUGAACAUAACUUUCCGGAAUACGGCCGGGCCGGAAAAGCACCAGGCGGUGGCCCUCCGGAGCGGAGCAGAUCUAUCGAUAUUCUACAGCUGUAGCUUCGAGGCCUACCAAGAUACUCUCUAUACGCAUUCUCUUAGACAAUUCUAUAGAGGAUGCGAUAUUUACGGAACUGUCGAUUUCAUAUUCGGAAACGCGGCGGUGGUUUUCCAGAACUGUAACAUUUAUCCGAGACGGCCGAUGCAGAACCAGUUCAAUGCUAUCACGGCUCAAGGUCGUACCGAUCCGAACCAGAAUACCGGCACAUCGAUCCACAAUUGUACCGUUAGACCGGCGGAUGAUUUGGUUUAUAAGGUUAAGACGUAUUUGGGCCGACCGUGGAAGGAAUAUUCCCGAACAGUUUACAUGCAAUCGUAUAUAGAUGGGGUUGUUGAACCGAUCGGUUGGAGGGAGUGGAACGGGGAUUUCGCGUUGAGUACGUUGUACUACGCCGAGUACAACAAUACCGGACCCGGUUCAAACACCAUAAACCGGGUCAAUUGGACCGGUUAUCAUGUGAUUAAUUCCACUGACGCCGCUAAUUUCACGGUCUCGAGCUUCUUGCUCGGUGAUGACUGGAUCCUUCAGUCCGGUGUGCCCUACUCCGGCGGUUUACUCCCAUGAUUUUCUCAAUAAUUGUUAUUUUUUUGUUAGUAAAUGUAAUAAAUUAUGGCACGGCAAAACAAGCUCAACACAUAAAGGAAAUGUGAAGCUUGGGGUAUAUUUUCACUCAUUUUUUUUUGAAAAUUUAAAAUUGGGAAAAAAAAUUUUAUUGCGACAUAAAUGGCGUAUAUUGCUU